CAGGCAUGGCUGACGGGCCGACGGUGCGCGUGUCUCAGGGGGCUCUGCGAGGCAGCAGCGUGCACGGCGCCUGGGGCGGCAGCUACCUCGCCUUCCGCGGCAUCCCCUACGCACAGCCGCCGGUCGGGGAGCUGCGCUUCAAGCCGCCGCAGCCGGGCGCUCCCUGGAGCGGAGUCCGAGACGCGACCAGCGAGGGCAGCGUGGCUCCACAGCUGGACGGUGACACGGGCCGCUACAUGGGUGACGAGGACUGCCUCUUCCUCAACGUCUACACGCCGCGGCUUCCUUCGGAGGCCACCAGGGAGCUGCUGCCUGUGAUGGUGAUGGUGCACGGCGGAGGGCUGGUGCACCUGUCUGGGAGCAGCCAGUGGUGGGGGCCGGACUUCCUCGUAAGGCGCGGCGUCGUUAUGGUUUCCUUCAACUACCGGCUCGGAGUAUUGGGUUUCCUGGCUACCGGCGACUCCGUGGUGCCCGGCAACAUGGGCUUCAAGGACCAGGUGAUGGCGUUGCGCUGGGUGCGCGACAACAUCGCCAGCUUCGGCGGGAAUCCUGACAACAUCACCAUCUUCGGGGUCAGCGCAGGCGGCUGGUCUUGCCACGCGCUCAUGAUGUCGCCUCUAGCUAAGGGGCUGUUCCGGCGAGUGAUCGCGCAGAGCGGCGUGGCAGUGGGCGACGGCGCGUUCAGCGCGCGGGUGCCGGAGCGCUCGUUCGCGCUGGCUGCCCACCUCGGCCUCACGACAACAGGCUCCAGCCAGCUGCUCGACUUCCUGGCGCGCCAGCCCGCCACGGCGCUCGUCGAGAACACUCUUCAAGGUCGCACCGAGGAGGACAAGGCGCGUGGGCUGAUGUUCCCCUUCGUGGGCACCGUGGAGCCGGCGGGAGAGGGCGCCUUCCUGACGCGCCACCCCGAGGACAUCCUGCGCAGCGGGGACUUCCAGCAGCUGCCGCUCAUCACGGGCGCCACCGCCUUCGAGGGCUCACUCUUUCUCCCAGGUCUGCUGAAGGAGCCGAAGAUCGUAACGAAUUACGCUGUGAACCACCGGCUACUCAUUCCAUACAACCUCCGGUGCAGAGACGAGGACAGGGAUACAGUGGCAGAGCAGAUACGCAGUUUCUACUUCGGAGACCGAGCGAUUGGUAUGGAUACUAUGAAGGUGCUUUGCAUGCUGCGAGGCGACGCGAUGUUCACCUACCCCGCAGUGAGAGCGGCAACAGCUCACAGUGCUAAGUCUGUGGCAUCUGUGUACUUUUACAAAUUAGAUGCCUUCAGAAAAAUGGUCCUAGGAGAUACAGUUCCAGAAGAGGUGAAGCAACAGGCAGAAAACACUGAUGCUGCCGGCCAUGGAGCAGACUUGGGAUACCUGUUUCGAUGUGUACUCUAUCCUGAGAUACCAGAACCAAGUUCUCCAGAUGGGAAGAUCAUUGACACGAUGACACGACUAUGGACAGACUUCGCCAAGACAGGGAGUCCGACGCCUGGGGCGGCGGUUGGCGAACAGCUGCAGUGGCCGGCGUUCAGCGCGGAGGCGGGCGCCUACCUGCUCCUCAGCCCCGGCGAUUUCAGCGUGGCCCACAAGCCUUUCGCCCAGCGGGUCGCUUUCUGGGACAGCUUGUACACCCGCUACAGUGCUUAGCUUGCCGUCUCCUUCUGCAAUAGGAAACAGGAAACUCUAAACCAAAUCGUGUAUUUGGAAUGGCCUUUGUGAAACACUGUUAAAUUCUUUACUUAUAAGAUCUAAUUCCAUUAGCACUGUCAGUACAGCAAGUUACUGACGAGACGAGGUCUCAUGAUGUAUGCGGAUGAACAACCAUAUUUGUACAUUCCAUUAGCCGGCC